AUGACGGGCCCGGACGAGACGACCGGACGCGAGCCUCCCGGUGCAGGCCAGUGUGGCCAACUGGCCACUGGCCAGGCAGCUGAUUCUGAUGGGGGCACACGUACGUAUUCGCGCAAGCGAAGGCUUUACCCACGGUUCCAACCCAAAGUCCCAAAGCCACAGUCCAGGCUGCUGCUUCCUCGCAAAUCCAUCAACCAAAUCCCACCCGCGCCACCGCCGCUCCAAGGCGCCGAGCCGCCGUCGGCGCCACCGCCGCAGGGGACGCGCCGGGCCGCCGCCGCCGUCGCAGGGGACCGGGCCACCGGUGCUGCAGGAGCCCGGGCCACCGCCACAGGGGGGCCGCGCUGCCUGUGGCUGCCGCCGUCCCUCUCCCCCGUCUGUUGCGUCCCCUUCCUGGCCUUAGCCCCCUGCCACGCCUCCCCCUUCUCCACCAGAAGGCUCCCCAAAUUCGCGGCCCGGAGUAGCGGCGGCGGCGGCGGCUCAUGCCCCGAGCCCAAGCCAGGUGACAACGGGAGCAAGGCCGUCCUCGACGCUUUCUUCCUCGGGAAGGCCUUCGCGGAGGCGCUCACGGAGCGGGUCGAGUCGGUGGUGGGCGAGGUGUUCAGCGUCGUCGGUCAGUGGUAGGCCGAGC